AAUUCUUUUCCUCCCUAAAAAUCCAUGAAGCCUAGAAGUGGAGUGUUCUGCUUCCUCGUUAAUGAAGCCAGAGAAACAACAGCUCUAGAAAUGCCGGAUCAUGAAAAUACCUUUGUUCUGAAGGCCGAACAUUGCAUGGAGUACGUGAUCGAAGUUCACGAUGCCGAGGAUAUGAAGUCAUGGUUAACCACCAUUAAAUACUGCAUGCAUCAUCUAGGGAAUGUAACCGAAGAGGCAGUGUCAAGACUGCCAAGUGUACCUUCGGAUAGUUUAACCAGGCUAAGAGAAAGACAAAGCGCUCCGGUAACUAGUAAAAAGAAUGAAGAAACAACUCCAGAAGUAAGCCCAGAACCUCCUCCAGAUCUACCUCCUCGAGGAGUGGCCAUUGUUGGAGUCACUCCUGCGGUAGGAGGUGGUGAGCUCGGAACAUCACCACGACUGGAACGAGAGAUAGCAGGGGAACAAGUCCCCGACAUCUAUCAGACACUGAAGGAAUACCCAUGGUUCCACGGAAUGUUGUCAAGAAGUGAUGCAGCGCAGCUCGUUCUCAGAGAAGGUCUUGUCGGCCAUGGAGUAUUUCUAGUCCGACAGAGUGAAACCAGGAAAGGAGAAUAUGUUUUGACCUUCAACUUCCAAGGCAGGGCUAAGCAUCUUCGAAUGACCAUUAAUACCGAGGGACAGUGCAGAGUCCAACACCUGUGGUUCCAGGCAAUAUUUGACAUGCUGGAGCAUUUCCGUGUCCAUCCCAUUCCUCUAGAAUCUGGCGGAGCAUCUGACGUGACUCUGACAGAGUACGUGGUGAACACAGAGGGCACCCAGCAAUCAACCUCAGUUUCGCAUCCCACUCGGGGUUCACCUUCCCAUUCUGAAGGAGUUCGAACGGGAACCCCAGGACAGAGUCGAGUCCCCAGCAUUCCAGAACUUCACGACGUCAUCACUUAUGGUGGAUCCGUGCGAGUUCGAACACAAUCCUUAGAAACGUUACAUGUUAACCCCCAACAACAAGCGGCAGUUUCGGGCCGAGCAAUAGAAAACACUUAUUCUUUCGUGUAACCACUGUACUCUCUCCUUACCUCUCUCUCUUGUCCUGUCUCAGAAAGAAUGGAUGGUUAAGACUACGAGAAGUUUUUGUUUCAUUUCCAAUAAACUAUAAACACAAAGAAGUUUGACAACACAAUCACAAAUAGUGAACUCUACUUUUUGUGUGAUUGUCAAACAUUCAUUGUUUGGUUUAUUUAUAAGAAGAGGCAGCUAGAUUCUAAUGCCAGUGUUAAGUCAUAUUUCUGCUAGGCUUGUUUCUUGAGAAAAAAAAAAGAGAGAGGAAUCCAUUUGAGACUAUAGCUGCUCUUUUAAUAAGUUCUGUAUAUACUAGUAAAUGAUAUGUAGAAUGUUAAAACUACUCAGUCAAUGUUUAAGUAAUAUGAUGUAACUGAUUUUCAUGUAUAAAUACAAACUUGUCAUUAAAUGGAGACAGAGCAUCAAAUUAUUCAAAACUUAAAA